AUGUACAUCCUCCGAAAGUUCCUUAUUGGAAAUGUCGUGUUCCAAGCGGCACUUGCUCUUCCUUGGGACAAUUAUAACAAGCCUUGCAAGAUUACUAAAGUCAAAGAAGUUAUAAUAACGAAAGAUUGGGCUUUGUGGACAAAAACGCGCACAGACUAUUGUACAAAAACGGCCAUUCCUUUAACUAAGACAGUUACUUCAGAUGUAACAAAUGUAGCCUAUCAAACUGAUUUCGCUCCUGUUACAGUUACUGCUACCUCUACUGCCACGGCGUCAACUACAGUAUUCACUAGUACAGAGACAGAUAUUAUAACCUCAACGGCAGCUUCUACAACCACGACAACAACUACUACUACAAUCUCUCCAUCCUCUCCAGUGACAACUAGCCCUCUCAAGCGCGACAACCGGGGCUAUUAUCCCCCUCCCCCUCCUCCUUGCGAGACAAUAUACAAAACGGAGAUAAGAACUAUAUGGGUACCCACGGUUGUACAUAAGACGGUGACAAAGACCAAGACUAUAACCCCUGCCGCGGUUACCAAGACUACAAUUCAAACUGGAACCAAUACUGUAACAACUACACUACCCUCUACGGUGACCACAACUACAACUGCCACUACUAUAAAUACAAUUUCUGCAGUAACUACAACAGUAACAACAGCGACUAUCACAUCCACAACGACAACUGUAGCAACCGCUACUGCGACACUGCCUUUCUGCCUGAUUGUGGAUUACUCCGAUGAUUUUGUCGACGGGUGGGUCGCCUCCGGAGCGGGUUCAGGAAGCGACAUGCCAUUCAGAGCAGAUUUUGACACCGGCCACCCUACUCUCUGGCCGGUCAUGUUUGACCUGGACGCCUUGAAAAAUACAGGCCAGCUGGCAACGGAAGAUGGCUUUAUCCUUGCACUCCAACAGCCGUUCGUUGACAAUGUGCGUGUCUUCGAAGUUGACCCUGCCGACCUCGCUGCCAGCCCCUCGGACUACGCUGUACUUACAUGCUCGGCAACCGGCGGCACCUAUGUAUCUGGCACACCCUUAACCUGUACCGCAACUGCAGGAGGAGAAAGCUAUCAAUAUUGGGGAAAUGCAAUCUUUGAAUUUGCGGAUUUAACCCUGGGCACAAGUGCGUAUACCAGUAGCGGGUACACUAUUGGAAUGCACUACGGCUCUGAGUGCACGCGGUUUAACCCUCCCUCUACUCAGAUUGAAUAA